AUGUGUCUGAUGUGGCAAAGCAUCAGAAGUGGGGUGCGCUACAACCCACUGAAAACUACGAUGGUCGAAAGCAAAUCCCUUACGCUUAAAAACGUCGAAAGGGUCCUCUUUCGUUUCGAUCCGUUCUUUCCGCAGAACGACAGUCUCAGGAACUUCAUGCCACUUAUCAUGCUCGAGCGGGUUCGACAGACAAAUCCAAAUUGCGUCGUAAAGGCCUACCUGACAAACGAUCGUACUCCUCCUACGUUCAGAGCUAGCUUGUGUAAAUUUUUUGUUUUUGGACUUAUGUUGAUAGUUCGGUAA